GGCGGAGUUAAAGCCAGGCAGCGACAUCUAUUCGGUGGCGUCGCGGUGUGUUUGUACUGCGCAAAGUUUCCAGCCAAAUAUUGCCAUAUUCACAAUGACAUGACAGUUAGAGCACCCUUUAAGCUUCUCUGGCAGUCCAGAAGAGUCACAGCGGCUCGCUUCCCUUCUCUGAUUGGACAGCGGGGAUUCAUCGCCAUGGCAACCGUAUCCUGAUCAUCCCAUCAUGGAUGUGAGUGAUGAGCGUGACGGCGCGACGGAGGCCGCAGAUGACCUCGCGUCGUUUGAGGUGGUCAACCUGUCGAACCCGGGCCCGCGGGAUCUGGGCUCAGACGUCGACGGACGCCUCCAGGAGCCAAAGGACAAGACCAAACUCAAAACCAAACUCAUUUCAGCGUGGAACAACGUCAAAUAUGGAGGCUGGUCUCUGAAGAGCAAGCGUGUGUGUCUGCUGGGACAGUGCUAUCAGCUGAGCUACAGUGGAGAGCGGGAGAGCUUCCGGCGGGCGUUCUCCUCUCUUCUCUGGAUGACCUACAGGAGAGGUUUCCCGCCGCUGGACGGCACGGUCCUCACGUCUGACGCGGGAUGGGGCUGCAUGCUCCGCAGCGCACAGAUGCUGUUAGCUCACGGGCUGAUGCUGCACACGAUGCCCGCGGGCUGGACGUGGCCUGCGGCGCACCAUCAGACCAAAGACGACCUGGAGGUGCUGGACGCUCACAUGCUGGAGGACUCCUUCAGAGAGGGCAAGGCUCGCAGAUGCAGCCUGGGAACGGCUCUGGACUGCCCUGCUCAGGAGGAGCGCUCUCACAGGAGGGUGGUGUCCUGGUUCGGUGACCUGUCCUCCGCUCCGUUCGGUCUGCACCGGCUGGUGGAGCUGGGCAGGGCCUCGGGGAAGAGAGCGGGCGACUGGUACGGACCGGCCAUCGCUGCUCACAUACUGCAGAAGGCCGUGGCAGCGUCCGAGGUGUCCGAUCUGGCGGUGUACGUGGCACAGAACUGCACAGUGUAUGUGGGAGACGUGUUGGACCUGUGCGGGACGCCCCGUACCGACCUCUCCGCGAGGCGCAGGUCCGGCUGGAGGUCGCUGGUUCUGCUGGUGCCUGUGCGUUUGGGCUCGGAUGUGUUGAAUCGGGCCUACACCGGGUGUGUGAAGAGGCUGCUGGAGCUGCGGUGCUGCGUGGGGAUCAUCGGAGGGAAACCCAAACACUCGCUGUUUUUCGUGGGAUUCCAGGGCGAUCAGCUGAUUUAUUUGGAUCCUCAUUACUGUCAGGCCGCUGUUGAUGUCCAGCAAGACAACUUCCCUUUAGAGUCGUUCCACUGUAAAACGGUCAGGAAGAUGCCGUUUAGCCGCAUGGACCCGAGCUGCGCCGUGGGUUUCUACGCCGGAAGCAGAGAGGACUUCCAGGCUCUGUGUUCAGACGUCACCAAGGCUCUGACGUCAUCCGAGGAGAAGUACCCCAUCUUCACGUUUGUGGAGGGUCGCAGCGAGGAGGAAAUGAGCUUCACGUCAGACUCGGCCGCUCGUGUACAAAAAAUAGAUGGACCGGGCCGAACCAAAAACAAGAGCAGUUUGGAGGAGUUUGUGCUCUUGUGACUUCCUCCAGUUACAGUCAUCUGAUCAUGAAUGUAGGUGCUGUUGCUCUUUGUGGGUCUUUUUUAAAGACGGCUGCUGUUGUUUUCUUGUCUGUGUGUAAGGAGAACGCGAGGAGCUCGCUGAGCAGGUGGCUAAGCAUAUUACAUGCGUCUGGUGUGACGCUAAUGACAGCAGACAGGACAGAUGAGAGGCGCAGACGUUACUCUUUGACAGGCUAACAUGGGAUUAGGCUGCUGUUAACACUGUGAUUUAGUCGCCGUUUAUCCGUUUGGCUGUUCGGACUGUUAUAUAAAUGGAGAGCUUUUAUUUUGAUGUUAAUGUUUCGUAGAUAAAGCAAAAAGUGUACCGUCACACACAUUUCUAUCCAAGUUCUUAUGACGUACGCUUCCAUUACCAGUACUUUUGAGGUGUUUAAUUUCCUGUUUUUCAGUGUUUUGUUUUUUGGAAGUAUUGACGUUUUUUUUAGAUGUAUGAUGACCAAUAAAACUUUUCUGGUUAGGCAACAUAUCCGCUGUUUACACACGCGAUUACUGACAAUCAAUAUCAAUUUCUUUUAUGAAUAUUAAUUCCUUAAUGGUCUUAUUAUAAAUAUGCAAAUAAAGUUUAUUUGUUUUUUA